CAGAAAGGAUGUCAAGUAUACGAAAAAAUGUUUACCUCGUGAGAUCGAUAUUGUACGCAAAUUACAACAUGCAAAUAUCAUCAAAGUUCAUGAAUUUAUUUUGAGUCAAUUUUAUUGGUUAUCGGCGCGUCGUAUCAUUUUUCUUCCUGAGUACCCAUUCGUUUGCAUUGUUCAAGAUUAUACUGACAAAGGUGACUUGUUGCGCAAAAUAAGACGCUUGAAAAAAGUUAAUGAAAGAGAAGGAAAGCUUCAUUUCCGACAACUCCUUGAAGCUAUGAAGUAUUUGAAAAUGAUGGAAGUAGUUCAUCGUGAUAUCAAGUGUGAAAAUAUAUUAUUGGAUUCAUGUGAAAAUAUUAAGAUCACCGAUUUUGGAUUUGCCCGUUUAUUAAAAAUAGGUGAAAAGUCAAGGACAUUUUGCGGCUCUCGUGCAUAUUUGGCUCCCGAAAUUAUUCGCGCGCAGCCAUACGAUGGAUUUGUGUCAGAUAUGUGGAGUGCAGGAAUUGUACUGUAUGUAAUGACCACAGGAAUGAUGCCUUACGAUGACAAAAACGUAAAAAAAAUGCUGGAACGUCAGUUGCAGCGCAGAAUAGCAUAUCCACGAUCAAUUGUAAUCAGCGCUGAGGUUAGACGGUUGAUAUUUGAUAUACUGAAUCCAAUACCUGGAAAAAGACCAACAAUAGAUGAAGUGAUACGUUCCAAAUGGCUCGCCGGUGUCCCAUAUCGUAUAUUUCUUCAGGCUAUCAGUGAUUCUAUAAUUGAUUCUGAACAAGUUACGUAA